CGCGCUGGAAAAAUAGUUGAUAAUUAUCGGUCUAACUAUCAGCAAGUAAACUCAAAUGGCUGUUGGCGCACAACUGAUUUAACAAUUUAACCAAAUAUUUCUUUAAACGUCCCAUUGUUAGGUGAUAUCAAACGAAAAAUAUGCGCAACAACGCUCACCUGUUCUUCACUGCCGCGUUGCUUAUUGUUUGUGGCACACCCGUCACCAGUGCCGUCGGCAACGCCGCCAAGCCCAACUGCGGCGCCAGCACCGCGGCGAAGCACAUUCAACUGUUGCAGCCGGAGAAUCCACCACAAGAAUGCAAGUAUCACAUCAACGCCUACAACAACAAUGUCUGCCAGCUACGCAUCGAUUUCAAGUUGACACUCGCCCAGCCCAGCAGACCAGACGCGCAGAACGAUCUGUGGUACGUGCAGUGUGUGAAAGACUACUUCGCCGUGAAUGGUUUAAGACUGUGCGGCACCGAGGUGGAUCAACACAUUUAUGUGCCCUUCAAUCGCACCGGCGGCCUGAAGAGCAUCGAUUUGAGUAUAGUUACUACGAGGCGCUCGGGAGCCGAUGGAAAACAGCCGACGCCACGCUGGAAUAUGAUCAUCAAACAGUUGGAGUGCUCAACGGAGUCAGCUCCGCGUGGUACUUUCGAUCCUCGAGUUGAGAUAGAAAAGGAGCAUAAUGCGCACCUUGAGUCCGUCAUAGACCCACGCACCAGUAGCGCUGAUGAUUACCUUAUCGCACCACCUGGUUGCCUGCAAUACUUUCCACAAACCGUUGGCACUAUCACUUCGUUCAACUAUAAUGGCGGUGGGGGUGUUUAUCCAGCGAAUUUGAAUUAUGCCAUCUGCUUUCAUCGUCAACAGUCCACCAAAUCACUCGACAUUAAGAUGCGCUACUUCCGAUUGGGCGCCGAAUAUAGCCGUCAGAAAUUUCAGGAAUUGGAUAAUUAUUGCCGACCGCAAUUACGUAGCGAGGGCUUAAGUGAAGAUUACUUACUGAUACCCCAAGCAACUAUUGUGGAAAGCAACAUACGUGCUACAUAUUUUUGCGGCAGCAGCAUACAGAGUGAUACAGUGGCGAGCAGCAACCCGGGACCGCUGAUGCUGAUUUUCAAUAGCGAUGGCAAUUAUAAAGCUGGGCAGGAAGUUGGUUUCGCUUUAAGCUAUCAAGUUGUGUAACCGAAUGUUUGAGCAAAUAAAAGCUUGAAAAGCGUUCGAAUCUCGUUAUUUGAAGUUUUAAUGAAACAGUGCAAGUUUGAAAUUCCAAUAAAAGCUUUAUAGAAACUUGUGUAGUGACAAUGCUAAAAG